UUUCAAACUUGAAAAGUUUUUGGUUGUGACAUUUCAUUAUUUAUGAAACAAUUCAUAGAGAAACCACAAUUGAAAAUACAAAAUGAGUAUUUUUCAAAGAAAAUAUUAUGGAUAUCAUGCAUUUUUGACAAAACAGAGCUGAAUCAGUCGUCACUUCUUGAUGGGUAACCCUGUAUAUGUAUUAUGUACGCCCUUGAGUGCCAAGACCUUAAAAACUGAUAUUUUCAAGGAAAUGGCGCUGGUCAUGGCCAUUAAGUUUAACGCUCACGUAGACUUGAUACUAAUUAAUGUAAUGUUCCUAAUCUGAUAUAAUUACAAAAUAAUUAACUCAAUCCAACAUUUUCACGGUGUACUUUUAAAUUGUUUUAAGCCGCAACUAAAAUGUUUGGACUCGUAAAAACCUUACGGAACCUAGUUCCCGAAGCUGUUGUAAAUUAAGGGUGAAACCUGUUUUUAACCGAAUUAAGAAUCUAUCUCCAAGAUGCUACUCAGAGCUGGGUGUAACCUGCGGAUAAAAAAAUUACGGGACGAUUAUUUCGGAUCAAUUCUAUAUGUAAUAAUUGUCCCGUAAACUUUCUAAAGGAAAGAUUUUUUUGAAAAUUGGUUCUUUAGAAUGUUUAAAUAUAAGUUCAUUUCUCCGGUAUACACUUUGAACCUACAUGCUAGCUUUCUUUUUGUAUUCUUCGUAAAGUCUGAGCUUUUAUUGAUAAAACUUUGAGAAUACAAAUACACAUACAACACAUACAAUUGGAAAUAGCAGAGUUUACAUUUCAUAUCAUAGAUGAUACAUGGUAUACACAUUACACAUAUUAUUGGAUAGCGUCUUAAAUUAGGGUUUUUUCUAUCUAAACUUUUUAUUUUCAUUUGCUGUUUCUCUGUGAUAGGAAACGAAACCAUAGAGGAAGUUUUUCUUAGAGUAAAAAUAAAAGAAAUGGGCCAAGUGUUAGUUUUGGAACUAAUGUCCCCUGUAGUGAUAAAUUCUCUUAGUAACUCACUAAUGAGUCUCUCUCAUAACGAAGAGAUCUGGGAUAAAUCUCUCUUUUAGCAAAAACAUCAGUAAAAAAUAUCUCUCAGAGCAAACCAUCCGUUGUAAAACUCUCUACUAGAAAACAGAUCUGAGAUAAAUCUCACUUAGGGAAAAACAUCAAAAACGUCAGUGAUAAAUAUCUCUUAAAGCAAAUACGCCAAUGUUAAAUCUCUCUCAGGACAAACCUGUUAGUGAUAAAUCUCUAAAAAAGCAAAAAUAUGAGUGAUAAAUCUCUCUCAGAGCAAAUAUGUCAGUAAUAAAUCUCUCUUACAGAAAACCUAUCUAUUAUGAAUCUCUUUCAGAGCAAACUUUUCUGUCUUUUUUGAUAUUAAUAAAGAUGGUUGUAAUCAGUUUAUCCGAACUAAGGAAACGGGCGGAGCACAAUGAAGGACGGUUGGAGGAUCUGGAGGAAGUGUCUCUGCACCAGCUAAACGUGAAAAAGAUUGAAAAUUUGGACAAAUUUUGUCGAAACCUAAAAAUUCUUUAUCUUCAAGACAACGCCAUCUGUAAACUGGAAAACCUUCGACGUCUCAAAAAAUUAGAAUAUUUGAACAUUUCGAUGAAUGCAAUAGAACGCAUUGAGGGUCUGGAAAGCUGCGAGAGUUUAAGGAAACUUGAUCUAACCUUAAACUUUAUCGGAGAAAUUACAUCUGCAGGAAGUCUGCGUGAAAAUGUGCAUCUAGAACAGAUAUUUUUAACAGGAAAUCCGUGCACAUUGUUCAAGUUCUACAGAGAGUUCAUCAUCCAUACACUUCCUAGCAUUAGGAGUUUGGAUGGAAAGGAUGUUGAGAGAAGAGAACGAAUUUUAGCAGAGCAAAACUGGACUAGAAUCAGGACGAGUAUUCUCCAGGAAGAAGAUGAAUACAAGGAGAGAAGAAAGAUAGAGAAAGAAGAAUAUAAAAAAGUUCAAGAAAAGAGGAAUAACGAUUUAAAAGAGGAAGAUGUCGUGGAGUGGGGAAAAAAAUUCUUUGAGGAGAAGAGUUCGUUUACUCCUGAAUCCAGAUUAGAUCUCCAGGCGGUUUUGGAGCAGAUGGAGCAGGAGAAGGAGGAGCAGAGAGGAGACAGGAUUGAUGAAACCAAGGAGAAGAAGAAAAGAAAUAUGUUUAUGUUGGAUGGUCGUCCUUAUAGCAUUAACGAACCCAGAUUAGGGUUCACUCUUCAAGACGAAAGCUCCGAAUACCGUCUUCAUGUGGAGGUUUACAGAUAUACUCCGACUGAAUCCUUGAACCUGGAUAUACAACCGAACUAUGUUAGAUUACAUCUAGGAAAGAAGCUCUUCCAACUCAGGUUGGAGGAGGAGAUCAAACCUGAUUCAAGUUCAGCUCAGAGAUCUCAAACCACGGGAUUCCUUCUCAUCAUCCUUCCUAAAGCUAGUUCUACAAUCUCUGCUACCGGAGAAACAAACCCUGAACCUCGUCCCGCUCCGGCCUCAAACUAUCUAGAGGUCGAUUCUAGGAAAGGGAAAAAUAUGGAUUUCAGUCGGAUAUAUGACCCGGAGCAACUAGAACUAGAGGAUCUACCAGAUCUGGAAUAUAUUGGCUCUCAAGAAAAUAAUAUUUAGAAAUAAAUGUUAAACCUCAAA